AAAAUUCCUGAAAUAAUGUUUCACAAUGUGUGGUACCAGAGAGUCAUCGGCAUCACCUUUAUCAUCAGCUCUAUAAUUCUCGUCCUGCUCGGAAACAGUUGUGUGGACGAUCUGAUGGAUGAAGAUGAGAAAGACAAGGCAAAGAGGGCAUCCCGUAACAAGUCUGAGAAGAAGCGCCGAGACCAGUUCAAUGUGCUCAUCAAAGAGCUUGGCACAAUGCUUCCAGGAAAUACCCGUAAAAUGGACAAGACCACAGUGCUGGAACGGACCAUUGACUUUCUACAAAAACACAGCGAACUAUCAUCAAAUACCGAAACAAUUGACAUUAACCAAGACUGGAAGCCUUCGUUUCUGAGUAAUGAGGAGUUUACCCAGCUUAUGUUAGAGGCAUUAGAUGGCUUUCUCAUUGCAGUAACUACAGAUGGAAAUAUUAUUUACGUUUCUGACAGUAUUACUCCUCUGCUAGGACAUUUACCGUCCGAUGUUAUGGAUCAGAACUUAUUACAUUUCCUCCCAGAACAAGAACUUUCAGAAGUUUACAAACUGUUAUCCUCACAUUUGUUAAUGAAACACCCCGCGUCUGCAAACUACCUUGACUCUGAAAAUGGCUUGGAGUUCUGUUGUCACCUUCUACUCGGAAAUUUAGAUCCAAAGGAACCUCCAACAUAUGAAUAUAUUAAAUUUGUAGGACAUUUCCGAUCCUUCAACAAUGUGCCUAGUUCCUCCUGCAAUGGCUUUGAUGGGGCUAUUCAGAGGACAUUUAGAUCGGCUGCUGGUGAACAAGUCUUCUAUGUGGCUACUGUACGACUAGCAACACCUCAGUUUAUAAAGGAAAUCUGUGGAGCUGAAGAGCCCUUUGAAGAGUUUACAUCAAGACACAGUCUGGAGUGGAAGUUUUUAUUCCUUGAUCACAGGGCUCCACCAAUAAUAGGAUAUCUUCCUUUUGAAGUCCUGGGGACCUCUGGUUAUGAUUAUUACCAUGUGGAUGACCUGGAGCAACUAGUAAGAUGCCAUGAACACUUGAUGCAGUUUGGAAAGGGAAGAUCUUGCUGCUACAGGUUUCUUACCAAAGGACAGCAGUGGAUCUGGCUGCAGACUCAUUACUAUAUCACCUACCACCAGUGGAACUCUAAGCCCGAGUUCAUUGUGUGCACUCAUGCUGUUGUGAGUGGCAAUGGUGUUCGAACAGAAAGAAGGCAAGAACUCUGUUUGGAUGACAGCCCCAUUGAACUUGUUGUCUCACCUGUACUCAAGCGGCAGGAUUCCAGUUUGGACUCCCAGCAGCAACUGAGUAACACCCUGGCUGUUGCCACUUCAUUGCUGAGUAGAAGCAGAACGUCUUCUGUGUCUUCACGGAUCUCCCACAAGUCCUCCCAGACAGCUCUUUCUGAUUCUACAUCAGCCACCCCAUCAAGGCUCAUUGCAGAGUCCAGCACACCUGCCUUGCUAACUGCUACAGCGGUGCAGCUGGACCUUCCCCAGCAGAGACUGCAAACUGCCUCAAGCCAGGUCUCCAUGGCAACACAAUCAUCAUUAAAUUUGCUGCCUCAGCAGUUAAUUCAGCAGCACACAAUGGCAUGCCAGCCUGUACAGAUUGCACAGUUUGGAGCAAUCCAGACUAUUAAAGACCAGCUGGAGCAGCGAACACGUAUUCUACAGACUAACAUCCGGUGGCAACAAGAGCAACUGCACACAAUCCAGGAGCAGCUCUGCAUUGUCCAGGACUCCAGUAUACAGAUGUUUCUGCAGCCAUCCACAGUCUCUCUAGGUUUCAGUAACUUACAGCAGCAGACCCCUCAGCAUCUGCAGCCAAAGCGGGAGAAAUCUGGGAUAAUUGCUCAACAAGUUCACAGCAGCCCACAACUGCAAAGCCAACUGGCACCUUUACAGAUAAGAAGCCAACACUUGUCUACACCCCAGCGGAAUGUGAGGGAAUCUAAUGUCAAAUCCAGCCAGGUCCAUGAUGAAACCCUAGCAGUUACUCCUGAGUCACGAGACAACAGCCAAUGUCACCCUGCGUCUGACUUGAGCCAUGACAGACAACUGAGAAUGUUGCUCAGUCAGCCCAUCCAGCCAAUGAUGCCUGGUUCGUGCACUGCCAGGCAACAGUCUCAGGAGCUCCGCAUAUCUGAACAACAAGCAAAGUUUCUUCAGAAUAACCAGUUACACCGAGAUGCAGGAGCCCAGCCCUCUACCAGCACCAGCAACCCAGCCUUGGCCUCCACCACAGUGCUCAUAGGCCAAGCAGUGAUCCACCCAGGCUUCACAGUGACACAGCCUAACCAGACUCCGCAAAUAGCUAUGCAACUCCAGAACCCACAGCAACAAUACCUGCAGAUGGCUCCAACAAAGAAAGGUGGAGAGAAGAAGAAGGGUCGUUCUGCCAUCAAUGAGGUGGUGACGAGGGAAUACACCAUCAACGUCCACAAGCGCAUUCAUGGGGUGGGUUUCAAGAGGCGGGCUCCCCGUGCCCUCAAGGAGAUCCGCAAAUUUGCCAUGAAGGAGAUGGGAACUCCUGAUGUUCGUAUUGACACCCGUUUGAACAAAGCAAUGUGGACAAAAGGUGUAAGGAACGUUCCAUACCGUGUUCGUGUGCGUCUGUCCAGGAAGCGCAAUGAGGAUGAAGACUCUCCCAACAAACUCUACACCCUGGUUACAUACGUCCCUGUUACCACAUACAAAGGUCUGCAGACAGUCAACGUUGAUGAGAACUAAAUUCUGUUGAAUCAAAAGAAAAAAAUAAAAUGUGUAAAACAAA